UUUUAAAUGAAUGGCGGUGUUUCCUGCCCGGUACACCUGUCCGUGCAUGUUUGGCGUGCUGAUAUUGAUUUUACGCUGACGAUAAUGUAAACAAACAAUAGAGAUCACUGCCUGACGUUAUGGUGGAAUAAUUUAAAUCGAAGAAAAUGGGAUUCCUUAGAUUCUUCCCAAUAUUGUUGAUUCUUCAGAAUUUCUGUGAGGUAUCAGGUAACUUGGCCGCAUGUGACAGCUAUGCAGAUAUUUGCUCCGCGGCAAACUCCACGCCACUCCAUGAAAACUAUUACAGAUCAAAAAACUGUAUAUAUAAUUCUACCACUAACCUCUGUGACCGACAUUUGGACCAGAAAUGGUACAGGUCGAAUGUGGACAUCUUAACGAGCUGUCCGGAGUCACUAGAAUGCGGCACUCCAUUUCCCUUAUGGCUAAAUGGUUCUCUCCCUACUGAGUCAGAAGGAUCAGUGACGAGAUCUGUUUGCAAGAGGGGGGUAGGACCUCAGGGGUGCUGUGUAAAGACAUACGACAUCAAAAUGAAGAACUGCAGCACUUUCUUGGCUUAUUGUCUAACACCACCAGCGGAAUGUUCGGAGAGAUACUGCUUUGGUUCAAAUGAAACGUGCGAAGUGCCAGCCCCAACGAUGGAAACCACGGCAGAGUCCACGGGCGAAGAUGACGAAGGAACAAUAGUAUUUGUAGCUAUUUCCUUCACCCUGAUUGGUGUCAUAUUAAUUAUUGCAUUUGGACUGAAGUAUUUUACACUGAAGAAAUUACCUUUCUCAAUUUCAAAGGGGCCCAACGAACAGAAUAAACCACAAACUACACCCCGUUGAGACGAUUAAUCAAAUGUGACACAAAAAAGUUAAAAUGAAGAUAUUAUUUAUACAGAGAGAGAGAGAGAGAGAGAGAGAGAGAGAGAGAGAGAGAUUGAGAGAGAGAGAGAUUAGUUUUUUGAUAGUUUUUAUACAGUUUACCUGUUAUCUGAUCUGUGAUUGAGACAUUCAUAUAAUGAUUUUACCAUAAAACAUGUUGUCUAUGUGAUUUUGAUAUGGUGAAAUUUAUAUAAUAUAAUUAUGCAUUAUC